AUGGGCGGAGACAAAUCAGCCUGCCUUUUACGAUUUUCUGACAUUCCCUCGAUGUUAAAUGCUCCGGGAGCUGAUGCUAUGCAAUGCCUCGAUCUUUGGCAAAAAUGGCGUUUAUCAGUUGGAAAUGGUCUUAAAACGAGUUAUUCACAACUUGUUCAAAUGAGUAAUAAAGGAGCACGUUUAAAUUCUUUCCAAAAUUUGGGCGAAAUGUGGCGUGCAGUUUACGAACUCCCUGAGAAUUAUGGUUUUUAUUCCGAGAAACAAUUCGAUUUGGAAGAGCAAUUAAAUAGUGUCUAUAAUCAAAUAAAACCAUUUUAUCAACAAUUACAUGCUUAUUUUCGUGCGAGAUUGGCCGCUUUACACUCAAAAAAGGGUGGAGAGGAAGUGAGUUUUGACUGA